GGUGAGUUGCAGCUAAACGAUUUCCUAUAUGACAACUUUGACUGCGGACAGCAGUGGGUGUUGGGUGGCCAGCAACUCAGGGGGGGGACGCCAGCCAGCCAGGACGACGUAAGAAGGGAUCCUCGGUGGGGUUGGGUGCCAUCUGCAAUCCCAUUUGGAUACGGCCGUUAAGAUGCAAAUGCGUGAUAUGAAGGGCAAUGUGUGGAGCGCGCAUUACGUGAACGGCAUGUUUUCCUUCCGUCAUUUGGACAGAGAAGCGAUUGCAGACGAAAAGGAGGCGGUGACAUUCCGGCCACGCGAUGCACACAUCUUCGACCCGCCACUUGGCAAUCCUGUCGAGUUGGCCCUGGCUGAAGGAACGGUGUUUGGUGGUGAGAAGAGUAUCACAUAUGUCCACGUAAGGGGGAAAGAAGCCACAUUUGAUGGCAUCUGUAUGGACGUAUGGGACCAUGUGGCAAUAAGGAAGGAUGUGGUUGCAGCCAGUAACAUUGCGGCCCAUGUGAUUCAAGAAGGGCAGUUGUACCAGCAUGUGGGUCGUGACAUGUACGGGUACCAUGUGAAUUGGUUAUUGGUGGUGGUGACACGUGUCUCCGUUUGCAAUCCUCAUGUGAAGGACCAGGGAUUGCUGGAGGAACACGCGCAGCGUUGCUGGGAGAAGAUAAGGGAGGAAGAACAGCCGAUGGUGUGCAUGGGAUAUGACUCCCAUAAUGACCAGGCGAUGUGGUCGAUCGUGGAAGACUUGUGCACUGAGCAAGCGCGGCCCUCGACAGAUAUAAUACACAUACACAAAAGCACAACCAUCAUGUCGAUGCCAGCGGCGCAGGCAAGGACAACUCUUAAAGAGGUGAUGCAAUACGCGGAGGAGGACAUCCACUACGAUGACGACGGGGAACUCCGACUACUCACGGAGAGAGUGCCGAGUUACUUCGAUGUCAGAGUGAACAUUCGUGCAAGCAUCGCUGCGAACGGAGAGGAGUCGCUCAGAUCACGGAUGCUAUUUGCACGGUUCACUGAGGCGCAUGAUUUGCGUGUAGAUAACACUGCUGAUAGCAGUGCAUACAGUUUGAGAAAAGUGGUUGGUUGGAUGUGCACAAAAGGGAUGUCCGAUGAAGGCGACGUGGAUAUGACAAAGCAGCAGAAGGGUGGAACAUACGUGCCAACCGAUUUGAAGCAGACGCUGAUGACACAGGCGAAGAAAUGGGGAAUGCUUGUUGAAGGUUCUAAGGACGAGAUGAAGAGCGGUGCGGCAGAAAUUUUAGUACUCUCGCGUUUGAAGGACAUACCGCAAGCUCCCCCGCAAGACUUCCAAGAACUUCCAGUAAUUAUUGCAAACGAGGUGGAGUAUGUUUUACUCGACCAACUGGUGGAUUUCAUGAAAAAAAAACCUGACGAUCGGAAUGUCAUACAUGAGGCAUUGCAUGAUGUGACAGAGCAAGCACUGACGGGCAAGGACCUCAUUACGUACAGGGUGCGGAGUGUGGACGAUGAUGUCGUAUAUGGUACUCCAUUGUGGGAUGAAAUAUUCAUGGCAGUUUUGCAUCGCCUCAGCAUUGCGACUUCUGAGGUGGAUAGAAAUAGGUUAAGGAAAGAAGGAUGGAAGUUGGUGGUCAGGGAAGCAGAUGUUGCACUUCAUGCAGCAGAUGGACACGCCACGCUUCAGCAGGCGAAGAAAUUGUGAGAACAACCUCCAUCGUGCGUUCUCCAAUAAACACAAUAUCGACGG